AUGAACAAGAAGAGUUUUUUGAGGAUAUUUAUCAUUACAAUUCUUGCUUUGGGCAUAACUCUUCUAGCCUUUUUCCUUCUUAGAGAAAAGCCUCUAGGAUACCUCACUGAGGAAGACGUUCAAUCACUUUCAAGUGAACUUCAAUUUAGAUUCAAAGAUUCUGGGAAAAACGAGGAUGGAAAUGAGGUUACCGACGUUAAAUUCUUUGUCUGCCUGAAUAGCAUCCUAAAGUUGUUUAAUUCUGUAGAAAUCAGUCUUAUUAACACCUUCUUGUCCUAUGGAGAAAAAAGUAGUAAAGGGGAGAAGAAAGAGGAGGAGGACUACAACCAUAAAGGAUUAUAUGUAAAGAGUGCAUUACAAGAGGCUAGAAAUAUAAUGUUCCUGUCCCCAACCUCGAAGGAGGCUAUAGUCGAAAUUUUGCAGAAGGAAAAUGAAAAGAAGAAAGAGAGCGAGCUUUUAGAUACUGUCAGAAAAGCAUUUUCCGAGGUUCAAUUAUCACCGGAGGAAGAUGACGACUCUUCUAGGCAAAAGAAGGAGGAGCUCAAUAAGGUGUUGGCCAACCUCUUUAUUUGGUUCUGGUUGAAGGGAACCCCUCCAGCGGACAAAAGAAUUAAUACCUUCAAAGGGGCUUACGAAAGCAAUCAAGAUAUUAAGAAAUAUCUUCUGGAAUAUCUAGACGAGGAAAACAAGGAGGUUGCAAACGCAACAAUAUCCGUUAGUGGAGAAAACGAAGUAAUACCCGUAAUUGAUCAUAUACUACUUUCUAUAUUCAAUGCUUCAAUAUACAUGGGUCUUGGAAUAAGUCCAACCGACAUACCUGCAGCAACAGCUAUUUUAGCAGCUGGAGGAAUUCUAGAAAAGGAAGGUGAACAAAUCAAAAAGGGGUUUUUCCAGGGACUUCAGGAUUUCUUCUUUGGUUCACCAAAGCAGGAACAAUCCCUCCAACAAAGCGAGAAACUAGAGAAAAAUGAUGGGUAA